AUGGAACCAACAUUAUGUUUUAGUUUAUGUCAAACACCAAUAAUUUAUAUACGAAAUUUCAUAUGUCGAUGUGCAUGGGCUGGUCUUAUGGAUCAUAAUCGACAAAAUGAUGAUGAUUGCAAAUUACCUUGUCGAAAAUUGGGUAAUCGACGACUUAAAACAAACAAUUCAUGUGGUGGAUAUAAAGCAUAUUCAGCUUAUAUUAAAAAUCAUUUUUAUAUUAAAUAUAUUCAUUUAUUUAAUUAUCAAAUUCAAUUAAAAUCAUGUGAAUCUGAAGAGAAUUAUAUGAAUUUUAAUAUAUUUCAAGUAGAAAUUGACGGAUUAUCUAUAAAAUAA